AGUGCAUUAGUUUUGUGCAUUUCUGUGUUUAGCUCAACUUAUUGGACGGCGAAUAAUUUCCUCAUGACUGGUCCUAAGGCUUAUCUUACCUACGCUAGUAGUGUGCAAGUGGGUGCGCAGAAUGGGAUACAAGAGUGCAAGGACCAGUUUGCUUGGGACAGAUGGAACUGUCCACAGAGUAUGCUUCAGCUGUCCUCACAUCGAAAUAUAGCAACAAAAGAAACAUCAUUUGUCCAUGCCAUCAGUGCUGCAGGAGUGAUGUAUACGCUCACCAAGAACUGCAGCAUGGGAGACUUUGACAACUGCGGUUGUGAUGAUUCCAGAGUAGGACAGACAGGAGGCAGAGGGUGGAUUUGGGGAGGCUGUAGCGAUAACGUGGCCUUUGGAGAGAAGAUCUCCAAACAGUUUGUGGAUGCCUUGGAAGAUGGUCACGACUUUCGCGCUGCAGUUAACCUCCAUAACAAUGAGGCUGGGAGACUAGCAAUCAAAGCUACGAUGACGCGAGCUUGCAAAUGCCAUGGAGUGUCUGGAAGCUGCAGUAUCCAAACGUGUUGGAUGCAACUGGCCGACUUCAGAGAGGUGGGCACCUACCUGAAAAUUAAGCAUUCCCAAGCCAAGAAGUUGGAAGUAGACAAGAAGCCGAUGAGGGCUGGCAACAGCGCAGACAACAGAGGCACCAUUACGCAGGCCUUCCGCAACAUCCCGCGGACAGAGCUCAUUUUCUUCGAGGAUUCCCCGGACUACUGCGUCCGGAACCAGAGCCUAGGCUACGAUGGCACAGAGGGACGGGAAUGCCUCAAGGGGGACAAAAGCUUACCGCUGUGGGAAAGAAAAAGCUGUCGCAGGCUGUGCUACGAAUGCGGACUCCGGGUGGCAAAGAAGCACCUUGAAGUUGUCAGCAGCUGUAAUUGCAAAUUCCAUUGGUGCUGUACGGUUAAAUGUGACAAAUGCACACAGGUGGUGACCAAAUAUUACUGUGCACGCAAGGGAAGUGCCAGAAAAUCACACAACAAAGCAAAACGUAAAAACCGUCCGCGUGGACAUUAA